AUCCGGUUAAAGCUCCACGCUUGGUCACAUGACCUGAAUGUCCGACCUUUGCACGUAAACGGGGCGAAACCACUAGUCAAUGACAACUGUCAAUAAAAAAAACGCUAAUGUCACUGCCAAUCAUUUGAUUAUGUUUAUCAACCCAUUUAAUAUAUUUUUAAAAAAUAGAAUUGAUUUAGAUUUCUUUUUAUAGAAUGCGGUGACAUUGAAUAUCAGUUUGAGAGUGCCCGUUCAAGCUGUUGGUAGCGCUGUUUGAAAAAAAAUACCAAGAUGGCGCACCCUGCUUGCAACCAGGAGAAGCGGCAAAUUAACUGACGUUGCGGUCUAAUGAACGUCUAGCCAGUGGGGGAUACGGUUUUGCUUUUACACUGGGUUGGAGGUAAUGGUCAAACCCGAUUAGAAGGAGCACCGUGCAUGAGCGCUCAUAUAGUUUUGUUGUGACAGCCUUUGCUUGAUGCAAAGAAACUAUGCCUCCUCUUAAUAAGGGUGUUUGCCUCGUCGUGUAUUACAUUAAUAUAAUGCAAGAAUGACUGGGAGGUGAUGAUACACUGACGCCUUGUUGCUAAGAGGGAGACUUUCGGAGGUGCUGACUUUGCAUUUUGUCUUCAGCUAUAAAUCUUAUGGAAAUCCUGCAUAAUGGAUCAAAAGCAUAAAGUAUUGUUGACAAAGCUGCGCCUGGAGCUAUGCGCAGAAGCCCUAGCUGAUGGCCUCGUACCACAGUAUCUUUUUCAAGAACUUAUUAUCACAAGUGAUCAACUAGAGCAGAUAUGCACACAGACCACCAGCCAAAGGAGAACAAUGAAGCUCCUGGAUAUUUUGCAAACCCGUGGACCAAAUGCUUUUAAGGUUUUCCUUGAGUCCUUGUCAGAGUUUCCAUGGGUAAGAGAAAGGAUAGAAGGACUCUGCAAGGAAAACUUGGAUCAGUUUACAACAAGAAGCCUUGAAUUGCCUGAAAUGCUCCGUCAUAGCUGUCCAACUGAUAAACAGUUGAAUAUCCUUGCAGGGAAAUUAGGAUCGGAGUGGGAGCACAUACUGAUUCAUUUAGGACUGGAUCACAAUCAACUAUACAGGUGUAAAAGUCAGUAUCCAUACAGUGUACACUCACAAGCCUUUGAAGGAUUUAUUAAGUGGAAGCAGCAGAUGGGAAGCAAAGCCACAAUGCAGAGUCUGUGGGAAGCACUAAAUCAAACUGGGGCAGACCCCUCAGUAAUGCAAUAUAUAAUGCAAUAGCCAUUUUUUUUUUUAA